AUGUGGAGUCCAAGUGUAACAGAAGUUAUGGUGAUGUUAGAGUUCUUGGAUGUAGGUUUAAACACCCUCACUAAGGCAGCCAUGAGCGGUGGCAUGAGUCACUUUGUCCUUGUUGUCUACUCUAAUAUCCUUGCCAGCUUCUUCCUUGUUCCUUGUUCCUUCAUCUUCUAUAGACAAAGAAGUCGUCCCCAGCUCACGUGGUCCAUAGUAUAUAGAAUCUUCAUCCUUGGUCUGCUCAGUUGCUGCGGGCAGAUGUUUCACUAUAUUGGGAUAGAGUAUAGCUCUCCAACUCUGGCAUCGGCUAUGAUCGAUUUAACUCCAGGCUUUACCUUCAUACUUGCCAUAAUCUCCAGGAUGGAAAACCUGGACUUAAGAGUUCAAAGCAGUCAAGCCAAGUCCAUUGGAACUUUGGUUUUGAUGAUUGUGACUCUAUACAAAGGUUUGCCCAUUAAAGUUGCUCCAUCAAGUAAUAAGUUACUUAAGGAAUUUAUGCUAUCAUCUCAAUCAAAUUGGGUUCUAGGAGGCUUUUUUCUCGCACUUCACAGUGUUAUUCUGGCAUCGUACUACAUUGUCCAGACAUGGAUUAUUAGGGACUACCCCGCCGAGCUGAUGGUAACACUCAUUUGCUGCAUCUUUGUAAGCAUUCUGUCUGCCAUAGUCUCCCUGGUAGCAGAGAAAGAUGCAAAUGCUUGGAGACUGAAGCCUAAUAUCAAUUUGAUGGCAAUUGGGUAUUCGGCAGCUUUUGCGUUAUCACUUCGAUCCGUGCUUCAUACAUGGGCAUUAAAGAAGAAGGGACCAGUCUAUGUUUCCAUGUUUAAGCCACUUGGAAUGGUCAUUGCAAUUGUGUCUGGAGUUGCAUUCCUGGGGGAUACCAUUUAUCUUGGAAGUUUGGUUGGAGCAGCUACAAUAGCUCUUGGCUUUUAUGCUGUGAUUUGGGGCCAAGCACAAGAGAAGCUUAUGGUGGAUGACAAUGAAAUUUGAAGCUUUAAGUCAUCCUCUCAAAAAGUUCCUCUCCUGCAAAAUAAAGCAUGCAAAUAUAGAACUUUUGCGUGAAGAAGGGGAGAUUUGUUGAAGGCAAUAUUCACAUUUGUGAUUAAUAUAUUAUGAGAAAAUGUAAACACAGAAUUUAGAAGAAGCAGAGAGUUCUGAUCUGAAGUUGCUUCUCUGCAAACAUAUCCCUCAUGAAAUGUUACAUCUAAUUCAAUGUGUUUUGUCUUCCCAUGUAACCUUUGUAUUUAUAU